AUGGACGCCAAAAAGGUGAAAUCAGGUGGAUCUAGAGACGCAAUCAUCAACUCGUUGCCAGAUGAGGUACUUGCUAAGAUCUUAUCAUUUCUUCCGACAAAACGAGCUGUUUCUACAUCUCUUAUCUCCAGAAGGUGGAGGAAUCUGUUUCCAUUGAUGCUUCAACUCUUUGCAUCUCAACAUCAUUUCUAUUUAGACGACUCUGAUUUAGAUUAUCCCGAGGAGGGUAAAAGAGAGAGGAAAGAUGUAGAGAAGAGCUAUAAGGAUUUUGUGGAUAAAACCCUUUCCGGUUGCAAUCCCAUAAAGAAGCUCGUACUGAGAUGUCCUCGUAGUUGUCCUCAUACCGAAAUCGACCAAUGGCUACACCAUGUCCAUGAACGAGGUGUCGUGGAUCUUGAUCUGCGUUUUCCGAUUGGCUUCCGUGGUCGUUGGCAAACAACUUGUCCUACUUUUGUUUUCACAAUCAAGACGCUGGUUAAGCUAAGAAUAGAAAUAGAGCGCGGUCCAGAACGAAGUAAUACUUGUCCAAACGUGUGUCUUCCAGUGCUAAAGAGUCUAUUUCUCCAUGCAGAUGAGGCUACAUGCGAAAUUUUGUGUACAAAAAUGCUUCCUGCUUGUCCAAUACUUGAGGAAUUAUCCUUAAAUUACUGCCGUUCCCCAUUUGAGUUUCAAAGAUCAGUGUUCGGUAUAUCCCACGAAACCCUCAAGAGACUCACACUGAACUACAACAACACUAUUCCAUUCUGUCGCAUCAUGAAAUUCAACACACCGAGUCUUGUUUACCUCGACUUCUCUGGUUCCGCUCCUACUCCAAUAUCUACUGCCAAAUUCUUAGAUUCCCUUGUUGAAGCCAAACUAGAUGUUUUCUUGGAUUCCGUUUUCGAAUUAACCAAACAAGGAGUAAAAGUGAGGAGACCGGAUUAUGAAGCUUUUGUAAAUCUAUGUAUCAUCAUGGAUUGGAUGCGCAACGUUAAAAUCCUUUCCUUGUCUUCUGCUUCUGUUAAGGAUAUGUAUUCAAGAUGUGUGGUAUUACCUUUCUUCUCAAACCUUGUUAAGCUUCAUUUUGAGAGUAAUACACAACAAGGUUGGGAAGUGCUUCCGCGUCUGCUCAAUAAAUCUCCAAAGCUAGAGACUUUGGUCCUCAAGGGUUUGCACUGUGUAAGUGAUCAGGGAGUCAGCAUUGAUAGAAAUGAAGUGAAGGUGUUGGAGAUAUAUGGGUUUAGAGGAAGUGAGAGAGAGGUCAGACAAGUGAAGUGCUUCUUGGAGGAAAUGCAGUUUCUUCAAGUGAUGAAAGUCGAAAUCGAUGCUGAUGAUGACAACAAGAAACUGCUACUCACGAAUCACCUUCUUGCUCUUCCUAACCCUUCAUCUAAAUUUCAAAUCCUCUUCUUGUGAGAUUCACAUUUCCUUCUACUAGUUGAACUUGAGUUUCGGUUUAGGUGUUCUUUGCGAAUUUUAAGAUAUCGGAGAUGGUAAAACCAA